UCCAAAUCCCCCUCUCCUACUGGAACAAGCCCUUACUUAAAAUAAAAUGUCUACUAUUUUCUACUCCCUCCGUUCCUAAAUAUAAGUCUUUUUAGCGCUUCCACUACAAACUACAUACGGAUGUAUAUAGACAUACUUUAAUGUGUAGAUUCACUCGAAGGGCCAGUGGCCGAAUUAUAUUAGAUAGGAAGAGAAGUACAUAGUACAGCCGGGUAGCAGUCUAGGCGGACUAGAGCUGGGUCCCAACACAAAAUUAGGUGUUCGCCGGCAGGUCGCAGAUGCAACCUGCAGCCCGCCACAUUCUAAUGUCUUCCUUAAUAAACUCCAGCACCCUGUCUACGGUGUUGGCGACAUUAUCAAAAAUUCUCGCGUUUCUCUCCUUCCAUAUCCUCCAGUGUAUCAGGAUAGCAACGAUUACGAGUCGAACGACUAGUCUAGACUAGUCGCUCGACUAGUCUAUGAGUCGCAAAGUGGCUGUCGACUCAGUUUCUCGUGUAGACUACUUAGACGAGUCGAGCCAGUCAUCGACUAGUCGACGACUAGUCUGGACUAGUCGACAUGUUCGAGUCGAACGACUCAAAAAACUGGGGGAGUAUAAAUAGGUGGCUCAUCCCCGUGAGACUAGACCUAAUUCUUUCUUUCCUCUCCUCACCCUCCUCACGCCGCCGGCUGCUGGACGCGCCCGUCAAGCCCUCCUCGCGCCGCCGGCCGCUGGACGCGCGCCGCCGCGGAUCUGGAGCUCCACCGUCGCCGGCCCCUCGUGCUCUUCUCCUGCUCCUUCGUCUCGCGCCCCUCCUCGCGCCGCCGGCCCCUCGUGCUCUUCUCCUGCUCCUUCGUCUCGCGCCCCUCCUCGCGCCGCCGGCCCCUCGUGCUCUUCUCCUCUUCAAGCAGGUCCUGAGGUCUGAGCUACAAUGUCUACAACACCAGAGAUAUGUCAAGUAGUGUGUUCAGCAGCUGCUGCAGCUCAAGCCGAUGAGCAUUACGAUCCAUCGAAGGAUCCUGCAAGGAAGCCGCGUAGGAGCAAGGAUCCAGCAUGGAAAUAUUCCUUUUGGCCUGAUUUGCAGGACAAAUUGACACUCCAGUGUGUUUUGUGUGGCAAAAACAUCACUUCUGGAGUGCUAAGGAUGAAGAAGCACCUUGGUGGGGGUUACACAGAGGUGAAAAUGUGUCUAAAAGCAACCGAUGAGAUCAGGAAAGAGAUGCAUUUGUACAUGAAGACCAACUCAACCAAGUUCAAAGCCAUGCAACUUGAUGGGGAUGAAGUUGAAGCAACUGAUGGAGAUGGAGGAGAGGAGGAGGUAGAAGCAAGUUCAAGGGCGUCGAAUAGCACCGCAGCCUCCACGAAAAUGAAGGCUUCUUUUAUUGUGACGGCGCCGGUGGCGGCAAAGAGGACAAGCAAGUCAAUUGCAGAUGAGGUUAGGAAGACACCAGAGGAGGUGGUUGCUGAGAGGCAUAGAGCAGGAAGCAAGCAGUUAAAAAUCAAGCAUUAUGGAACAAAGACAAAAGAACAAAAAGAUGAAGUAGAUGGUCAUGUAGCUGACUUUCUCUAUGAGAAUUGCCUUCCACUCAAUAUUAUCAAUUCGAGAAGUUGGGAGAUCCUAUUGGAGUCUGUAGGACAGUAUGGUUCAGAUUAUAUCACACCUUCUUACCAUGAUGUGAGGGUACCAUUACUUGAGAAGGCAAAGCUCAAGACUGACACUUUGAAGGCCAAGCAUCAAAAGGCAUGGAAGGAGUAUGGUUGCACUCUCAUGUCGGACGGUUGGACGGACAUGAGUGGGCGACACUUGAUCAAUUUUCUCGCCAAUAGUCCUGAAGGUACAUUCUUCUUAGGGACAGCCAAUGUUUCUUCUGAGUCUGUUACUGCUGAAUUGGUAGCAAAAUUAUUGAGUGAACAGAUUGAGGCAAUUGGACCUGAAUUGGUAAUCCAGGUCGUUAGCGACAAUGGCUCCAACUACAAGGCAGCCGGGAGACUUCUAAUGGAUAAGUAUCCAUCUUUGUAUUGGACACCUUGUGCUGCUCACUGUUUGGAUCUUAUGCUAGAGGACAUUGGGAAGAUAAGAGAGUUCAGUGAUUGCAUUGCUAAAGCAAAGAAAACAACCAGAUUUAUUUAUGCCCAUGGUAGGAUUCUUGAUCAAAUGAGAACCUUGAAUGGCCAGAGAGAUCUUGUAAGGCCUGGAGCAACUCGUUUUGCAACCUCCUUCCUCACAUUGGCCAGCAUGUGGAAACAACGCCAACAUUUGAAAGCACUAUUUGUUAGCACAGAAUGGCAUGCAAACAAGUUGAAGCUCACCCCACCAGGGAAGAUGGCUGAAAAUACCGUGCUCUCUGUGACGUUUUGGCAAUCGGUGGAGAACUGCAUGAGAGCUUCACAACCCAUUCUUGUUGCUUUGAGGAUUGUUGAUGGUGAUGACAGUCCAGCAAUGCCUGAAAUUUGGGCAGCCAUGGAUGUUGCGAAGACACACAUAAAGGAUGCAUUGUCACAAAGGCCAGGCCUACAAAGUCAAGUGCUAGCAAUUGUUGACAAGAGGUGGGAUCACCAGAUGGAGCAAAAGCUACAUGGGGCUGCAAUGUUUUUGAACCCCAGCAAGUUCUUUCAAAUGAAGGAGACUAACAAAAGACUAGCUGCACGGCUGCGUUCAAUGUUCAAUGAUGUGCUAUGGAAGAUGGUGCCGGAUGAUGAACUACAAUCCAAGAUAAGUAAAUUGGCUGAUGAUUAUGAGCUCACGGAGGGUGAAUGUUUCACCAAGCAAAUGGCAAUUAAAGACCGCGAGAAAAAGAGUCCUCUACUUUGGUGGAAUGCAUAUGGUGGCCUUGCUUAUGACCUCCAAUUUUUUGCAAAACGGAUCAUUAGUCUAUGUUGUUCAUCGUCUGGCUGUGAGCGCAAUUGGAGUGCAUUUUCUCAUAUCCAUACCAAAGGAGAAACCGUUUGGAGUAUAAGAGAUUGAACAAGCUAGCAUAUGUCUCAUACAACCGGCAAAUGACAACUAGGUUUGAAAAGUUACGCGAGCAAGGUUCCAAAGGAAAGAGGGCUAAUGCACUUAUCCUAGAAGAAUUUCAAUGGGAUAAUGAAUGGGUUGAUGUUACUGCUGAAUUGGUUCAUCAAAAUGACGCUAUGGACGAUGACAAUCCACUACUUUGGUCCCAUGUUGAUGAGGCCGUUGGCGCGACCGAUGGUCUAAGUGGACGCCAUCUUUCAAGGAGGGCUCGUGGUGAUUUCAGUGAGUCUAGUCCUCCUGCUGGCUCUAAUAUCUUUUACACUCGAAGGACAAGUGUGGUUGUCCAUGAUGAAGACUUGCGGGCUGAAUUGGAAGCUGAAGAUAUUGAUAGUGACAUGGAGACCAAUGGUGAAGACAAUGAUGGCCCUACACGAGCUAUUGAUAUAGACCCUGAUUUUCAGCUGGAUCUAGAUCUAGAUUGAUUUGAGGGCUAAGGCUACAAGAUUUCUUUUGCUGGACUGGACUUGUUGCUUGUGGUGUUGUUGAACCUUUUUUUGUAAUUCAGACUUUGAUGUUGGACUACUUGUU